AAUUGAAAUAUACCGCAGAUAAACCAAGCUUGGAACCUCUUACUCUCAACGACUCAGUUUAGCCGAGUCCGCGCCACGUAAACAUUUUAAACUUCCAACAGUCAAAGCACCGUCCACUAAUAGGAAGACCCCCAUUUUUUCAGACUCUUCCAGCUUCCUGGAACUCAAUAAAAAAAACACUACUACUACCCAAUCUUACCCUCUCUCUCUUUCAUUCUCAGCUAUCCUUGCAUGUUCUAGCCAUGGCUUCUCUGAAGACCCUUUCUUUUAUUGCAAUCUUUCUUAUUCUGCAUCUUAAGAUUGCCAAAAGUGACAUUUUAUCUCCCAUGUUUGAUGAUGUGUGCAAAGAAGUGGAAUGUGGAAGAGGAAAAUGCAAGCCUUCUUUAAAUGGCACUUUCCCUUAUUAUACGUGUGACUGUGAUCUUGGUUGGAAACAAACUCGUGCAGACAAUGACGAUCAUCUCAAGUUUCUCCCUUGCAUUGUUCCCAACUGUACACUAAACUCUGCUUGUGCAGCAGCUCCCUCCCCUGUGCAAGAGAAGGCAUCCAAAGCAAAUCAGUCAAUCUUUGAUGUCUGUCAUUGGACUAAUUGUGGAGGCGGGUCGUGCAACAAGACAUCACCAGUUACAUAUGACUGCAAAUGUUCAGAGGGUUAUUUUAAUCUUCUUAAUGUCUCUGCCUUCCCGUGCUACAGAGAAUGUGCAAUUGGCCUGGAUUGUACAAACCUUGGGAUUUCAAUAUCCAAUAAGUCUACUUCCACAACACCAACAUUGUCUCAAAAUGAUGUGAAUCAAGCUGGCUCCAAGCUUCUAGGAAAUUGUCAUUGGGUAAUAAUGUCGGUAUUGUUGCUGGCUACGGUUGCUUGAUUUGUAUAGAUGAAGCUGAUGCUCAGAGUUUCGAGUUCCAUGAUCCGGAUAGCACAUAUCAACUCUAGCAUCAAGCAGGGACCUUUUCUGUUGUCCUAUGGCUACUAUAGUUGGAUGAUAUGUUUCUGUAAAUCUACCAUCAUACAGUUUAGGAGGAAUCAGUUCUUGUAGCUAGUGCUUGCAUAUGCUAUACGAGAUUUUUUUUAUGGAGUUCAGUUAUGGUUGAUAGUAGUUAUUUACCGGUUGUAUAUAACACUAUUGCCAUGUAUUAUUUCUUGUUUUCUAUUUAUGAGAUUCUGAGCUUGGUGUUUGUAUGUGUAAUUUAUUCCUCACUUUGCCCCUUUUAACGGAUACUCUUCCACUUUGAAAGUGGAUACAAAGGAGCGUUCAUCUGCAAUUUUUUUAUUACAAU